AAAAGCAAUUUUUCUUCCUAACGAGUAGAGAGAGACGGAAUAGAAAGAGAACGAGAGACUACCGGCGAAACGAGCCGCAAGAGAGAGAGUGUCCUAGAGAGAGAAUCCUAGCCGCAAGGGAGAGGGAGAGUCCUAGAGAGAGAGAAUAUUAGAGAGAGAGAGUCAGUCCUGGUGCAAUGGCUUCUUCCCGGAAGAGAAGCCCGAAGGGGUAGCUUCAGAUGAAUGAGACAUGGCAAGGGGAGGUUUGGGUUUGGCUGAUUGGGGAAAUGGAGGGAGAUCAAUGUGCUCCUACAAGCGAACGGCCAUGAUCGUUUGCACCAUUAACAUAGGAGCCGCUCUUUAUGUCCUUCAAUCUCUCUUCUCCUCUGUCUACAUUGUCUCCACGCACAGUAAUGGCGUCCCCCAUUCACAAACUGCCACUACAUACACCAAAGAUCAGAUAAACUUUAUGGAAGAGGCCAUUAGAAUUCGACAUAUGGCUGAACCACGGGAGCUUCUUAGAUUGGUUAUGGAAAUUGACAAGGAAACUUCGAAUGAAGAAGCGGUGAAUAUGCCUCAACCCAUGAAGCAGAAGAUAGCUGAAGAGAUUUUGCAUAUGCUAAAAGAGCUUAAGGGAAAUGCGACUGAACAAAGAGAAGCACUUGAAAUGUGGCGCAAGGAAAAGCUAGAAGAAGUCAAGAAACGGAUAGUUCACAGAAAAAGUUCAAAUUUUACAGACUUAACAGAAGAAACUGAAACAUUCUCAGAGAUGAUGACAAGAGUCCUGGAGUCUCAGUGGAUCCCCUUACUGGAGGAUAUUGGUCUCUGGAUGCCAUUUGAAGUUCUAAACAAGGAUGUCUCUAAACUGGAAGCCGAAGAGGAGCUAGAUGAAAUCAUAGCCGGUAAGCCCCCACCCCCAGAAUGCCAUGCUGAGAGGCAUACAGAUUAUGAUGGUGCUGCUGUUAGGUGGGGUCUUACACACCAUAAAGAAAGUGCCGCUGACUGUUGUCAGGCUUGCUUAGAUCAAGCUAAAAGAGCAAAACCUGGUGAGAAAAAAUGCAAUAUAUGGGUUUAUUGCCCAUCUGAAGCUGGUUGCUACUCCCCUGAUAUUUAUGAACACAAGCAUCAGGAGUGCUGGCUCAAACAGGCUGAUACCCCCCGAUUGAACUUUAAGGACAAGUAUUCAGCAUCAUACAGGAGUGCCCAUCCAACAGCACCAGUGCGCGUACCAUGGAUCUCUGGAGUACUGAGUGUCUGACAACCUUUAUAUUCCUGUGAGUGAGAAGCAUCCGGAUCUUUGCCUCAUCGAAUCUCUGUGCCUAUGAAAAUAUUCACCAUUCUUUCUAUUAUUAUUUUUCAUGCAGGUAAAUUUUGUGUUUGAUUUUAUUAAAGCUUUUUCUUCUUGUAGCCGAAGGGAGACAUUUUUCUUUUAUUAAAACUUGUUCUAUUCAAGGCACAAAUUUCUAUAGACAGUAAAUCUUCCAUGAUUUUGAAGCCACUUAACAUGUUUUUUACUCAUUCUUGUCUUCUUAUAGAUGACCAUGUCAAUUGUUGCGUACGGAGAAUGUAUCCUUCUGUUCUUGAGUUAGGAGUGAUAUUCAUUAAGCCAAUCAGAAUGUUCUAGUUA